ACCAGCUCUCCCGGUACUGUACUUGAGGUUUCUCUCAUAUUAAGGUUGCUUGGAGUCAUCCUCCAACCUCAUCCACCCACACACACAUACACACCAUGGCCACCACCACCACCACCGCCGCCGCCGCCGGUGGUUAUCCCCGCGUGCUCCUCUUUGACAUUGGCGGCGUCUGCGUCAUCUCCCCCUUCCAAGCCAUCCUCGACUACGAAAAAUCCCACAACAUCCCCCUCGGCUACAUCAACCACGCCAUCUCCGCCUCCGGUCCCACAGGAGCCUGGGCACAAAUCGAAACGGGCGCGAUUCCACUCGACGAAGAAUUCUUCCGUCUGUUCAAAGCCGAUUUGGAGCAUGAGGCGCGGUGGAAGGCGUAUUAUUUGAAAUCUACUACUACUGCUACUUCUACUACUACUACACCAGGAGGAAGGGUAGAUCAGAACGCAGAGGUAUCGCCACCACCACCGGUCCCCAAUAUCGACGCCAAAUGGCUCUUUGGAGAAAUGAUGCGCAUCGCUCGCACCCCGGAUCCGCACAUGUGGCCUGCAUUGCAGAAACUGCGAAAAGCAGCGGAUGCGAGUAACGGAGAAUUGGUUUUGGCAGCGUUGUCGAAUACAGUGAUUUUUCCCCGGGGCCACGAGUUUAAUGAUGAUGAUGAAGAAGAAGAAGAAGAACAUCCUGAUCAACAAAAAGACCAGAAGAAGAAGAAGAAAUCCUCUGACUCAAAAACAAAUGAAAUCCGUACCCUCAAAACCCAAAUCUUCGACCUCUUUCUCAGUUCCGCACACAUUGGACUCCGCAAACCCGACGAACGCAUCUAUCAAUACGCCGCCACACGUUUGCAGGAAUAUAUUCGAUUACAAGGCAAGAAAGGCGUGAGAAUGCAGGAUGUGACAUUUUUAGAUGAUAUUGGGACGAAUUUGAGAACGGCGAGGAAAUUGGGUAUGAAUACGAUUAAGGUUACGUUGGGAAGGGCGGAUUUGGCUGUGAGGGAGUUGGAGAUUUUGACCGGGUUGGAGUUGGGGGGGAAGGGGGAGGAGGGGAGGGGGAAGGCGAGGUUGUGA